CCUCCGGCUUUUUCUUCCUAACUCGGGGAGGUCCUUCCCGGUGGCCGCCCCGACGGGGUCUGAGCACCUAGGCGGAGGCGGCGCAGGCUUUUUGUAGUGAGGUUUGCGCCUGCGCAGCGCGCCUGCCUCUGCGAUGCACGGGGGUGGCCCCCCCUCCGGGGACAGCGCAUGCCCGCUGCGCACCAUCAAGAGAGUGCAGUUCGGAGUCCUCAGUCCGGAUGAACUGAAGCGAAUGUCCGUGACGGAAGGCGGUAUCAAAUACCCAGAGACAACUGAGGGAGGCCGCCCCAAGCUUGGGGGGCUGAUGGAUCCCCGGCAAGGGGUGAUUGAGCGGACGGGUCGCUGCCAGACAUGUGCAGGAAACAUGACAGAGUGCCCUGGCCACUUCGGCCACAUCGAGCUGGCCAAGCCUGUGUUUCAUGUGGGCUUCCUGGUGAAGACCAUGAAAGUUUUACGCUGUGUCUGCUUCUUCUGCUCCAAACUGCUUGUGGACUCUAACAACCCGAAGAUCAAGGACAUCCUGGCCAAGUCUAAGGGACAGCCUAAGAAGCGGCUCACACAUGUCUACGACCUCUGCAAGGGCAAGAACAUCUGCGAGGGCGGGGAGGAGAUGGACAACAAGUUCGGUGUCGAGCAGCCCGAGGGCGACGAGGAUCUGACCAAAGAAAAGGGCCAUGGCGGCUGUGGACGGUACCAGCCCCGGAUCCGGCGCUCCGGCUUGGAGCUGUAUGCGGAGUGGAAGCAUGUGAACGAGGACUCUCAGGAGAAGAAGAUCCUGCUGAGUCCAGAGCGAGUGCACGAGAUCUUUAAACGCAUCUCCGAUGAGGAGUGCUUCGUGCUGGGCAUGGAGCCCCGCUACGCUCGGCCCGAGUGGAUGAUCGUCACGGUGCUGCCGGUGCCCCCGCUCUCCGUGCGGCCUGCUGUUGUGAUGCAGGGCUCUGCCCGCAACCAGGACGAUCUGACUCACAAGCUGGCCGACAUCGUGAAGAUCAAUAAUCAGCUACGGCGAAAUGAGCAGAAUGGUGCAGCGGCCCAUGUCAUUGCAGAGGACGUGAAGCUGCUCCAGUUCCAUGUGGCCACUAUGGUGGACAACGAGCUGCCCGGCUUGCCCCGUGCUAUGCAGAAGUCUGGACGUCCCCUCAAGUCCCUGAAGCAGCGGCUGAAGGGCAAGGAAGGCCGAGUACGAGGGAACCUGAUGGGCAAACGUGUGGACUUCUCAGCCCGUACCGUCAUCACCCCCGACCCCAACUUGUCCAUCGACCAGGUUGGCGUGCCCCGCUCCAUCGCUGCCAACAUGACCUUUGCAGAGAUCGUCACCCCCUUCAACAUUGACAGGCUGCAAGAACUGGUGCGCAGGGGAAAUAGCCAGUACCCAGGGGCCAAGUACAUCAUCCGGGACAACGGCGAUCGCAUUGAUCUGCGUUUCCACCCCAAACCCAGCGACCUGCACCUGCAGACUGGCUAUAAGGUUGAACGGCACAUGUGCGACGGAGACAUCGUUAUCUUUAACCGGCAGCCAACGUUGCACAAAAUGUCCAUGAUGGGGCAUCGGGUCCGCAUCCUCCCCUGGUCCACUUUUCGUUUGAAUCUUAGCGUGACGACUCCGUACAAUGCAGACUUCGAUGGGGAUGAGAUGAACUUGCACCUGCCACAGUCCCUGGAGACACGGGCAGAGAUCCAAGAGUUGGCCAUGGUGCCUCGCAUGAUUGUCACCCCCCAGAGCAACCGACCUGUCAUGGGUAUUGUGCAGGACACGCUCACGGCAGUGCGCAAAUUCACCAAGAGAGACGUCUUCCUGGAGCGGGGUGAAGUGAUGAACCUCCUAAUGUUCCUGUCCACCUGGGACGGGAAGGUCCCACAGCCAGCCAUUCUGAAGCCCCGGCCCCUGUGGACAGGCAAGCAGAUCUUCUCUCUCAUCAUACCCGGCCACAUCAAUUGUAUCCGUACCCACAGCACCCAUCCCGAUGAUGAGGACAGUGGCCCUUACAAGCACAUCUCUCCCGGGGACACCAAGGUGGUGGUGGAGAAUGGGGAGCUGAUCAUGGGCAUCCUGUGUAAGAAGUCCCUGGGCACAUCGGCCGGCUCCCUGGUCCACAUUUCCUACCUGGAGAUGGGUCAUGACAUCACUCGCCUCUUCUACUCCAACAUUCAGACUGUCAUUAACAACUGGCUCCUCAUCGAGGGUCAUACCAUUGGCAUCGGGGACUCCAUUGCGGAUUCUAAGACUUACCAGGACAUCCAGAACACUAUUAAGAAGGCCAAACAGGAUGUAAUUGAGGUCAUCGAGAAGGCCCAUAACAACGAGCUGGAGCCCACCCCGGGGAACACUCUGCGUCAGACUUUUGAGAAUCAGGUGAACCGUAUCCUCAAUGAUGCCCGAGACAAGACUGGCUCCUCUGCCCAGAAAUCCUUGUCAGAAUACAACAACUUCAAGUCUAUGGUCGUGUCAGGAGCUAAGGGUUCCAAGAUCAAUAUCUCCCAGGUCAUUGCUGUCGUCGGGCAGCAGAACGUGGAAGGCAAGCGGAUCCCGUUUGGAUUCAAGCACCGAACUCUGCCUCACUUCAUCAAGGACGACUAUGGACCUGAGAGCCGUGGCUUUGUGGAGAACUCCUACCUGGCCGGCCUCACACCCACCGAGUUCUUCUUCCACGCCAUGGGGGGUCGCGAAGGGCUCAUCGACACAGCUGUCAAGACUGCCGAGACUGGGUAUAUCCAGCGGCGGCUGAUCAAGUCUAUGGAGUCGGUGAUGGUGAAGUAUGACGCGACGGUGCGGAACUCCAUCAACCAGGUGGUGCAGCUGCGCUACGGCGAGGACGGCCUGGCGGGCGAGAGCGUGGAGUUCCAGAACCUGGCUACUCUCAAACCUUCUAACAAGGCUUUUGAGAAGAAGUUCCGUUUUGAUUAUACCAACGAGCGGGCCCUGCGGCGCACCCUGCAGGAGGACCUGGUGAAGGACGUGCUGAGCAAUGCGCACAUUCAGAACGAGCUGGAGCGGGAAUUCGAGCGGAUGCGAGAGGAUCGGGAGGUGCUCCGGGUCAUCUUCCCAACUGGCGACAGCAAGGUUGUCCUCCCCUGUAACCUGCUGCGCAUGAUCUGGAAUGCUCAGAAAAUCUUCCAUAUCAACCCGCGCCUUCCCUCUGACUUGCAUCCCAUCAAAGUGGUAGAGGGCGUCAAGGAACUGAGCAAGAAACUGGUGAUUGUGAAUGGAGAUGACCCGCUAAGCCGACAGGCGCAGGAGAACGCCACGCUGCUCUUCAACAUCCACCUGCGGUCCACACUGUGCUCCCGCCGCAUGGCCGAGGAGUUCCGGCUCAGUGGGGAGGCCUUUGACUGGCUGCUUGGGGAGAUCGAGUCCAAGUUCAACCAAGCCAUCGCCCAUCCUGGGGAGAUGGUGGGAGCUCUGGCCGCACAGUCCCUCGGAGAACCUGCUACUCAGAUGACCUUGAACACCUUCCACUAUGCUGGCGUGUCUGCCAAGAACGUGACACUGGGUGUGCCCAGACUUAAGGAGCUCAUCAACAUUUCCAAGAAGCCAAAGACCCCGUCCCUCACUGUCUUCCUGUUGGGCCAGUCUGCUCGAGAUGCUGAGAGAGCUAAGGACAUUCUGUGCCGCCUGGAACAUACAACGUUGCGGAAAGUGACUGCCAACACAGCCAUCUACUAUGACCCCAACCCCCAGAGCACAGUGGUAGCUGAGGACCAGGAGUGGGUGAACGUCUACUAUGAGAUGCCUGACUUCGACGUGGCCCGGAUCUCCCCCUGGCUAUUGAGAGUAGAGCUGGACCGGAAGCACAUGACUGACCGGAAGCUGACCAUGGAGCAGAUUGCCGAGAAGAUCAACGCUGGUUUCGGCGAUGACUUGAAUUGCAUCUUUAACGAUGACAACGCAGAGAAGCUGGUGCUCCGUAUCCGCAUCAUGAACAGUGAUGAGAACAAGAUGCAGGAGGAGGAAGAGGUGGUGGACAAGAUGGAUGAUGACGUUUUCCUGCGCUGCAUCGAGUCCAACAUGCUGACCGACAUGACCCUGCAGGGCAUCGAGCAGAUCAGCAAGGUGUACAUGCACUUGCCGCAGACGGACAACAAGAAGAAGAUCAUCAUCACGGAGGACGGGGAGUUCAAGGCCCUGCAGGAGUGGAUCCUGGAGACGGACGGCGUGAGCUUGAUGCGUGUGCUGAGCGAGAAGGACGUGGACCCCGUGCGCACCACGUCCAAUGACAUUGUGGAGAUCUUCACGGUGCUGGGCAUCGAGGCCGUGCGGAAGGCGCUGGAGCGAGAGCUGUACCAUGUCAUCUCCUUCGACGGCUCCUACGUCAAUUACCGGCACUUGGCUCUCCUGUGCGACACCAUGACCUGCCGCGGCCACUUGAUGGCCAUCACCCGACACGGAGUCAACCGCCAGGACACGGGGCCACUCAUGAAAUGUUCCUUUGAGGAAACGGUCGAUGUGCUCAUGGAAGCAGCGGCACACGGGGAGAGUGACCCCAUGAAGGGGGUCUCUGAGAACAUCAUGCUGGGCCAGCUCGCUCCAGCCGGCACCGGCUGUUUUGACCUCCUGCUGGAUGCAGAGAAGUGCAAGUACGGCAUGGAGAUCCCCACCAACAUCCCUGGCCUGGGCGCUGCCGGACCUACCGGCAUGUUCUUCGGCUCAGCGCCCAGUCCCAUGGGGGGAAUAUCUCCUGCCAUGACGCCCUGGAACCAGGGUGCGACCCCAGCCUAUGGCGCCUGGUCUCCCAGUGUUGGGAGUGGAAUGACCCCAGGGGCAGCUGGCUUCUCUCCCAGUGCUGCUUCAGAUGCCAGUGGCUUCAGCCCAGGCUACUCCCCUGCCUGGUCGCCCACGCCGGGCUCCCCGGGCUCGCCAGGCCCCUCGAGUCCCUACAUCCCCUCACCAGGUGGCGCCAUGUCGCCCAGCUACUCUCCAACAUCUCCUGCCUAUGAGCCCCGCUCUCCUGGGGGCUAUACACCCCAGAGUCCCUCGUACUCCCCCACUUCACCCUCCUACUCUCCUACCUCCCCCUCCUAUUCUCCAACCAGUCCCAACUACAGCCCCACCUCCCCUACCUCCCCCAGCUACUCACCCACUUCCCCCAGCUACUCCCCCACCUCCCCCAGCUACUCACCCACCUCCCCCAGCUACUCACCCACCAGCCCGAACUAUUCUCCAACAAGUCCCAACUACACCCCAACAUCACCCAGCUAUAGCCCUACGUCUCCCAGCUAUUCACCCACUAGUCCCAACUACACGCCGACCAGCCCCAACUACAGCCCAACCUCUCCGAGCUACUCUCCAACUUCACCCAGCUACUCCCCGACCUCACCCAGCUACUCCCCUUCCAGCCCACGAUACACACCACAGUCUCCCACCUACACCCCAAGCUCCCCCAGCUACAGCCCCAGCUCUCCCAGCUACAGCCCCACCUCACCCAAGUACACCCCAACCAGUCCAUCCUACAGCCCCAGCUCACCAGAGUAUACCCCAACCUCUCCCAAGUACUCCCCUACCAGCCCCAAGUAUUCACCCACCUCUCCCAAGUACUCGCCUACCAGCCCCACCUAUUCACCCACCACUCCGAAGUACUCCCCAACGUCUCCUACUUACUCACCCACCUCUCCAGUCUACACCCCAACCUCCCCCAAGUAUUCGCCUACUAGCCCUACCUACUCACCCACCUCCCCCAAGUACUCGCCCACCAGCCCCACCUACUCACCCACCUCCCCCAAAGGUUCAACCUACUCUCCCACUUCCCCUGGCUACUCACCCACCAGCCCCACCUACAGUCUCACCAGCCCAGCCAUCAGCCCAGACGACAGUGAUGAGGAGAACUGAGGGCGAGCAGGACACAGCAGCAGCCGCCAGCUGGGCCAGGGCAGCCCUGGUGGUACUCUGCAGGCCUCUCGCCUCCCUCGUGGGGCGACCCCAGCCCAGCUCCUUGUACAUAACUCCUUGCACAGUUUCCUGGUGAAGUUCUGGAUCCCGUUCCCGACGGGGCUUUUUGUCUUGUUCUCUACUAGUGCCACCUCAGAACCCCCAGCCUAGCUGUGGUUCUUUCUGCCCCAGCCGCCCCAUUCCUGUCUCCACGUUACAGACCCUUGCCUGUGGCUCAACUGGGGGUAAAGGGUAUUUUAACUUCUUAGGGUAGUUCCUGCUCUGGAUCGUUACACCUGGUCCUCGUUACGUCAGAUCCUCGAGAAGAACAAAGCUAAAGCUGCCUUUUGUGUCUGUUAUUUUAUUUUUUUGAAGUUUGAAUAAAGUUUACUAACUUUGACCAAAA